AGAGUGAACAGUCUAACAAAAAAAAGUAGCCCUGAGGAAGUGAGUGACGUUUCUUCCAUUUCUACGACGGGAGGCGAAACAUUUUGGCGCCAAUCUUUACCCCCUUCUCGAUUACGUCUCUAAGCUCAAAACAUCGUUUCUCGCUUUCUCUCUCUCUCGCACACAGUUCCAAAAUGCAGCGUCAGAGAUCGAUUUUGUCUUUCUUUCAAAAACCGUCGAGUACUCAGGGUUUGGUUUCCGGCAAUGCUACUAGUGGCGGCGGCGACGGAGGAGGAUCGCGAUUUACUGUGAAGGAAGGGGAUGGUAAAGGUGACGCUUCGGUACACUCUGCUGUAUCGAAAUCGGUGGAUGAGGUUAAAGGAACGGAUACUCCGCCGGAGAAGGUUCCGCGUCGUGUCUUGCCGUCCGGAUUUAAGGCGGCGGAAUCCGUCGCCGGAAGUGGAGCUUCGUCGCUGUUCACUAAUAUCAUGCAUAAGUUUGUGAUGGUCGAUGAUCGAGAUUGUUCUGGAGCAAGGAGCCGAGAACAUGUUGUUCCGCUUCAUGAUUCGUCCGUAUGUGUGAAGAAGGAUGACAAUGUUUUUCCUGAAUUUCGUUCCAAUAAUGGUCAGUCUCAAGAAAGAAGCCAUGCUUUUAGCUUCAGUGGGAGAAAUGAAUGUGAUGUUGCCCUUAGUGCCCUUGGAGAGUUAGUUAAUCAUCUGUCUAGGCUAAAGCUAGAAGAUGUACUUAAACAUGGGGAUAUUUAUCCGUACCAAGUUUAUAGGGGUUGUCUCAGAAUUGAUGGCCAGACGAUGGUAAAUCUUGAGAUAUUUAACAAUAGCUGUGAUGGUGGUCCUUCAGGGACCUUGUACAAAUAUCUUGAUAACUGUGUUAGCCCAACUGGUAAGCGGCUCUUAAGGAAUUGGAUCUGCCAUCCACUUAAAGAUGUAGUAAGCAUCAAUAAACGGCUUGAUGUAGUUGAGGAGCUCACAGCAAACUCAGAAAUUAUUGAAAUCACUGGCCAGUAUCUCCGUAAACUUCCAGACUUAGAAAGACUCCUCGGACGCAUUAAGUCUAGCGUUCAAUCAUCAACCUCUGUUUUCCCUGCUCUUCUGGGGAAAAAAGUGCUGAAACAACGAGUUAAAGCAUUCGGGCAAAUUGUGAAAGGGCUCAGAAGUGGAAUUGAUUUGUUGUUGGCUCUACAGAAGGAAUCAAAUAUGAUGAUUUUGCUUUGUAAACUCUGUAAACUUCCUGUAUUAGUUGGAAAAAGUGGGCUAGAGCUAUUCCUUUCUCAAUUCGAAGCAGCCAUAGAUAGCGACUUUCCAAAUUAUCAGAACCAAGAUAUGACAGAAGAGAAUGCUGAAACUCUCACAGUGCUUAUUGAAUUAUUUAUCGAAAGAGCCACUCAAUGGUCUGAGGUUAUUCACACCAUAAGCUGCCUAGAUGUCCUGAGAUCUUUUGCAGUCACUGCAAGUCUCUCUGCUGGAAGCAUGGCCCGACCUGUUAUUUUUCCUGAUUCAAAUCAGAAUCAGGAAAUACCAGGGCCAAUACUUAAAAUCCAAGGACUAUGGCAUCCAUUUGCAGUUGCAGCUGAUGGUCAAUUGCCUGUUCCAAAUGAUAUACUCCUUGGUGAGGCUAGAAACAGCAGCAACAGCAUUCAUCCUCGGUCGUUGUUACUGACAGGACCUAACAUGGGUGGAAAAUCAACUCUUCUGCGUGCAACAUGUCUUGCCGUUAUCUUUGCCCAACUUGGUUGUUAUGUGCCUUGUGAGACAUGUGAACUCUCCCUUGUGGAUACUAUCUUCACAAGGCUUGGCGCAUCUGAUAGAAUCAUGACUGGAGAGAGUACCUUCUUGGUAGAAUGCACUGAGACAGCGUCAGUUCUUCAGAAUGCAACUCAGAAUUCACUAGUAAUCCUUGACGAACUGGGCAGAGGAACUAGUACUUUCGAUGGAUACGCCAUUGCAUACUCGGUUUUUCGUCACCUGGUAGAGAAAGUCCAAUGCCGGAUGCUGUUUGCAACACAUUACCACCCUCUCACCAAGGAAUUCGCGUCUCACCCACGUGUCACCUCAAAACACAUGGCUUGCGCAUUCAAAUCAAGAUCUGAUCAAGAACUACGUGGCGGCUGUGACCAAGACCUAGUGUUCUUGUACCGUUUAACCGAGGGAGCUUGUCCUGAGAGCUACGGACUUCAAGUAGCCCUCAUGGCUGGAAUACCAAACCAAGUGGUUGAGACAGCAUCGGACGCUGCUCAAGCCAUGAAGAGAUCAAUUGGGGAAAACUUCAAGUCAAGUGAGCUAAGGUCUGAGUUCUCAAGUCUGCAUGAAGAAUGGCUCAAGACAUUGGUGGAUAUUUCUCGAACAUCCCACAACGACAACACCGUUGUCGAAGAUGACCAUGACAUGUUGGUUUGCUUAUGGCAUGAGCUUAAAUCUUCUUACUGUGUUGCCCAAGUGAAGGCGGAUAACCUAACACCUCUCUCUAUCUGAAGCUCGUUAAGUUUACUGAUGUUUCGUCCUCUUGAAAAAUGCUUAAAUAUCAAAUUUAUUUUCACCAGUAGAACAAGAGUACAAAUGAAUCUGCCAGUUUGGCUAUGACUA